AUGGCAGGAACCAAACGAUCCUGGGAAGGUAAAGCUGUCUGCGAUCAGAACAACAACACACAGAAAUCCGCAACAAUGGAGGGAGCAGGCGUGGAUGAGCCAUCCGUCUCUACUCUUUCGAUUUUUGAGACCUUCCGCGAUGAGCUCGAUCAGCACCAUGAUCGACGUGAGAGAGUUAUCAAGACAAGCAGAGAUAUUACUGCUAUGAGCAAGAAGAUCAUCUUCUCGUUACAACGUGUUCGAACGAUAAAUACGCCCAUCCCUCCCUCCAUCGCUAAAGAAACGAAAACCCGCUUCGACCAAAUCCUCACCCUCUUCCGCAACGUCAUCCCCGACGUCACCGGCAUAAACAGCUGGCGAUACCAGCGCCAAAUCAGCGGCGCAAUCCAAGAAUUCAUCGAAGCUCUCUCCUUCCACCACUACCUAGAAAAUCAAACCCUCAUAACUCUCGAUGAAGUCAGGGCCCAUUUGCCGCAGGGACUCCUCGUCACUGAAGAGGAUUAUGUCAUGGGGCUGUUCGAUUUGACAGGCGAGAUGAUGCGUUUCGCGAUUACAUCCUUAUCGGCGGGUGGUCAGGCGAAGGAUACGGACACAGACCAGGCGGGUGGUCAUAAUCUCCCGAAACUUCCGUCGUCUCAGGCCGGAAUUGUUGUGGAUCUUCGCGGGAUGCGAUCGUCAUUUGAGUCGUUGACUGUCCCUCGUCGACAUGCCAUGUUUAAGGAUAUGUCCAAGAAGGUGGAUGUCAUGCAGAACAGCGUUGAGAAGGUGGAACGCGCUGCAUAUGGCAUUUUGGUCCGUGGGAGUGAGCGGCCGUCUGGGUGGAUGCCUGACCUUUCUGCGCCGGCUGAUGUGGAAAUAUACUGA